AUGUGUGUGUUCUCUUGCAGGCGGAGAUCGUGAAGCGACUCAGUGCUAUCUGUGCUCAAAUCAUCCCUUUCCUCUCUCAGGAGCAUCAACAGCAGGUCGUUCAGGCGGUGGAACGUGCCAAACAGGUCACCAUGGCAGAACUCAACGCCAUCAUAGGGCAGCAGCAGCUCCAGCACCUGUCUCACCACACCCCAGGUAUCCCUCUCACUCCUCACCCUUCAGGCCUGUCUCUGAGCGGCACAUCCGGGCUGCUGGCCCUCACCGGGGCCCUGGGAGUCUCCGCUCACCUGGCCAACAAGGACGACCGCAACCACCUGGACCCCGAGCACCUGCGAGAGGGUGCGCCCAGCAGGAGUAAAUCAGUGUCGUCGACUGACAGUCAGGCGGCAGAGGAUCGGCAGGGUCCGUCAGGGGUGUAUCCCUCACAGGCCAGCAGCGAUGCCAAACGCAGACGGUGUGAUGACAAAGAUGUCCUCCCGUCUCACUACGACAGUGACGGAGACAAGAGCGAGGACAAUCUUGUGGUAGAUGUCUCAAAUGAGGAGGCUUCCUCUCCCAUAGGCAGUGGCCCUCUGUCUCCUCAUGGGAAUGGAUUGGACCGUGCCCCAAACCUGAGGAAAGAGCUCCCAGGAUCCCCAAGUCCCCCACCGGCCUCCCCACCACACAGCCCACCCCCUGGCAAAAACAAGGACACCUCACAAACAGAAAAAUCUCAGUCGCCCUCCUCUAAAUCAGGCAAUUCCUCUCCCUCUCACCAUGACCCUCUCACCCCGGGUCCACCGGGGCCCAGCACUUCCUGUUUACGCCUGGUCAACAAAGCUGCGUCCUCGGCAGACCCUCUGGCUCUACGGAGUCCCUUGACUAUGACGCCUGGUUCUUACCCGGCUCACUUUGGGGUGGUGUCCCACGCCGGGCUUAACGGAGAGCUGGCCAGCCCAGGGGGGUUCGGAGGCUCGCUCACCCUCUCGCCCCAAAUCAGUGCUGCAGCCAGUGCCUACACACGCAGCCCUAUGGUAGCGUAUGAAUCACGUUCACAUCUUAGGCCCUCAGGGCUGUCCUCCUCGCUGCCUGGCUCCACCGGUGGCAAGCCUGCUUACUCGUUCCACGUAAGCGCAGAUGGUCAAAUGCAGCCGGUACCCUUCCCUCCUGACGCCCUCCUCGGCCCUGGCAUCCCGCGGCACGCCCGUCAGAUCCACACCCUCAGUCAUGGAGAGGUGGUGUGCGCUGUCACCAUCAGCACCUCCACGCGUCACGUCUACACCGGCGGGAAAGGCUGCGUCAAAGUCUGGGACAUCAGCCAACCUGGCAGCAAGAGCCCGAUGGCCCAACUGGACUGUUUGAAUCGAGACAACUACAUCCGAUCGUGUAAGAUUCUCCCAGAUGGGCGGACCUUGAUAGUUGGAGGUGAAGCCAGCACCCUGUCCAUCUGGGACUUGGCCACGCCGACUCCACGGAUCAAGGCCGAAUUGACGUCCUCGGCUCCGGCCUGCUACGCUCUGGCCAUCAGUCCUGACAACAAGGUCUGCUUCUCCUGCUGCAGUGAUGGAAACAUCGUGGUCUGGGACCUGCACAACCAGACGCUCGUCAGGCAGUUCCAAGGCCACACAGACGGAGCCAGCUGUAUAGAUAUUUCCAACGACGGGACCAAACUGUGGACGGGGGGUCUGGACAACACAGUGCGCUGCUGGGACCUGAGAGAGGGCCGGCAGCUGCAGCAGCAUGACUUCACCUCACAGAUCUUUUCUCUGGGUUACUGUCCUACGGGCGAGUGGCUCGCAGUGGGGAUGGAGAGCAGUAAUGUGGAAGUGCUGCACGUCUCCAAACCAGACAAAUACCAGCUGCACCUUCACGAAAGCUGCGUUCUCUCACUCAAGUUCGCCUACUGCGGGAAGUGGUUUGUAAGCACAGGAAAGGACAAUCUGCUCAAUGCAUGGAGGACGCCAUAUGGAGCCAGUAUUUUCCAGUCAAAGGAGUCCUCGUCUGUCCUGAGCUGUGACGUGUCCCCAGACGACAAGUAUAUUGUAACUGGUUCUGGGGAUAAGAAAGCCACGGUGUAUGAGGUGGUGUACUGAAAGCAGACAAAGACUGAAGGAUGGAUGAACAAAGAGCGCCAAGCAUGACACAAUCAUGGCCGCGUGACAGGCAACCAUGGCUCUUCUAUACGCGGCCCUUUCACUCCAUCCAGUAACCAUAACUUACGAGAUAAAGGCUUUGCUUGCAAUGGCAUACUAACAUACUACUCAUACUAUUUACGCAGUAUGUAUCCUGUGCA